AUGAUUAUUGAUUACAACAUUUUUCCAUCACCACAAAUAACAGAAUCUAUCGUUGAACCAUAUAAUGCUAUGCUUGCUGCUCAACAUCAGAGUGAUUCAACUGAAAACUUGUUCUUUGCUCCAUUAAUAUCAAGACGUGAUCAAUCAUAUCGAGCGAUAUCUAUACGUGAAUUAGUUGAUCAAGUAUUUAAUCCUCGUAAUGUUAUGUGUGCUCUCGAUCUAAGACAAGGACAAAAUGUUACUGUUGAAGAUCAAAAAGUUGGAGGACGAAAUGAAGCUCGUUUAUUAUGUCAUUCAGUCGAAAAGAUGAAUCCAAUACAAACUCGUCGAGCCAAAAUUCUUGCCAUCUCAUCAUCAUUUGCUUUAAUUAUUUAUCUUAUUCGUCGUUAUCGUCGAUAUGUAAUACUAAAAAAACGACAAUCUUUUGCCAACCGACAAGUAACAACGACUUCUAAUACUCCUUCAGCUUUGCCAAUUAAAAAAGCGCUCAAUAAACAAUUUUUCCAUCAACUUCGAGUAAUUGUUCGAAUUCUUAUACCACGUUUACGAAGCGAUUCAUUUCUUCUACUAAUUACACAUUUAGCAACACUUCUUACGCGAACAUUUCUUUCCAUUUAUAUAGCCCAUCUCGAUGGUGCUAUUGUUAAAUCGCUUGUACAAAGAAAUGCGCGUGAUUUUCUGCGUGCAAUCAGUAUAUUUUUAACUGUAGCUCUGCCAGCUAGUUUUAUUAAUAGUGCAAUUCGUUUUGCAGAAUCAAAGCUUGCACUAGCAUUCCGCUCAAAAUUAACUCGAUAUGCAUAUGAAGCGUAUUUUCGAAAUCAAACUUAUUUUCGAGUGACAAAUUUAGAUAGUCGAUUAUUGACACCAGAUCAAAAUUUAACAGACGACAUUGAAACAUUUACAACAACGUUAACUCAUCUUUUUUCUCAUUUGACAAAACCAUUUUUCGAUGUAGCGAUUAUUUCAUGGUCACUUAUUGCAAUGGUACGACAGAGAAAAAAUGCACGAGGUCUCAAAGAGGUUCCUGCUAUGUUAGCUGUAAUUAUUUCAGUUACUUUCAUGGCUCUUCGAAGAUUAUCACCUCAUUUUGGUAAACUUGUUUCAGAAGAAGCUAGGAGACGUGGUGUACUACGUUUUGCUCACACAAGAGUUAUAGCUAAUGCUGAAGAAAUAGCUUUUUUUGAUGGUCAUGAAGUUGAAAAAAAUUGGAUAUUCAAAUUGUACGACCAAUUACGGGAACAAACAAGUUUAAUUAUUACAAAAAAACUAUGGUUUAUCAUGCUCGAACAAUUUCUAAUGAAAUAUUUUUGGCAUGCAUGUGGAAUGGUAUUUAUUGCUAUACCUUUUCUUACAUAUGAUGGACCGGCAGAAACCGAUGAUCCAAUAGGAGAUCCCCUCGGUAUUAGUACACGUACAGAAGCAUUUACAAUCAGUAAAAAUUUAUUAACAUCGGGUGCUGAUGCACUUGAACGUAUUAUUUCAUCAUACAAAGAAAUUGCCGAGUUAGCUGGACAUACAAAUCGAGUUUACACAAUGCUUAAUGUUUUCGAUGAAUGCUCUCAUGAACAUUAUCAAAAAGCUUCUGUGACAACGCAUGAAGGACAUCAUGAGCAUGCGUUAUCUAAUAUAAAAAAGAAAAUGACACUAAACCAACGAGCAGAAGGUCAAAUCAUUGAAUCUGAAAGAGAUAUUAUUGCUGACAAUGUACCAAUCAUCACACCGAAUGGUGAUAUCAUUGUUGAAAGUCUUUCCUUAACAAUUACACCAAAUAUGCAUGUUCUUAUUACUGGACCAAAUGGUUGUGGUAAAUCGUCAUUUUUUCGUAUUGUUCGUGGAUUAUGGCCUAUUUAUUCGGGCCGUCUUCAUCGACCAAAACCGUCAAGUUUCUUUCUUAUUCCUCAACGACCUUACAUGUGCCCUGGGACAUUGCGUGAUCAAAUUAUAUAUCCACACACGGCUAAUCAAGCAUUCGUUGAUGACAAUGAACUAAUGGAAAUUCUCAAUAAUGUCGAAUUACAACAGAUUGUACAACGUGAAGGUGGUUUAAAUGCUGAACGUGAUUGGAAAGAUAUUUUAUCUGGUGGUGAAAAACAACGUCUUGGUUUAGCUCGAAUUUUUUAUCAUAAACCAAAAUAUGCUUUACUUGACGAAUGUACAAGUGCAGUAUCAAUCGAUGUUGAAGGCAAAAUAUAUGAAAGAGCAAAGGCUUUAGGCAUUUCACUACUUACAAUUACUCAUCGACCAUCUCUUUGGGCUUAUCAUACGCAUUUACUUCAAUUUGAUGGCGAUGGUCGAUGGACAUUCGAAGUAUUGAAUACAGAAAAACGUUUGACAUUAAAAGGUGAGAAAGAACGUCUUGAAUCACAAUUAGCAGGUGUUCCAGAAAUACAACAACGUCUAACUGAAUUACGUCAAUUACUGGGUGAAGGUCCAGAAGAGAAUGGACAGAAUGAAGACAGUGAUGGUGAUUAA